AAUGGUUAGUGAACCUGACGGUGUUGGUGGAGCUGAUGGAGAAGAACCAUGAAGCGUACAGCGAGGCCUACAUGGAGGAGGUAAAGGUGCAGAUCAAACAGGUGGAGACUCUGGUGCAGGAGCUCCUGGGCUCCAUACAGACCUCCACUACAGUCUUUGAGUCUCUGCACCAGCAGGUAAAUACCCAAAGACUGUCCCUAACAACUCAUAUGGUCAUGAUACAGCUAUGGUCAAUGACCAUGUCGACUUUUCACUUGAGAUAUUUCUCUUUUGUAAGAUUUAAAACUUUUGGUCUUGUGGUUGCUCAUGCUUAUCGGUGUUCUCUCUCAGAUCUCCUCCAUGGUGGUGGUCCUGACCAAGCUGGAGAGGUAGGACAAGAACCUGGUGCUGGUGACCAGUUGUGAGUACAUCAAGAUACAGCUCAAACUGGAGGAGUGUGAGAGUUGCCACAAUGAGAUCAACCCC